CUGGGUCAGGGCUGGGUGAGGAGCAGGAGCAGGGGCUCAGAAAAGCCCCUCUCCCUUUGCAGACCCAUCUCUCCAUCACCCCUCUUUGCUCCAGCGCUUUGGUCACUCUCACCCUUUAUUUCCAGCCGGGCAAAAGCCGGCCGGGGGGCUCGGCUGCCCCCAGAGACACCGAUGUCAUGGGCACGAGGAUGUCCUUCCCGGGCACGGGGACAGGCUGGGGACCAGCUGGAGAAACAGAGGCCACCCGGGCUGUGGGGUGCAGCAGGGGAAAAACAACUUUUCCCACAGAGCUCUCAUCGAGGGCCCCCGGGUUGUAGUUUGCCACCCGGGGCUUCUCUCCCUGACGCUCUUCUGCCUCUCCCCCUCCAGAGAUGAUUUACAGACACAUGGCCGUCAUCGACGGGGAGAUGGUGCACUUCGAGAUCCUGGACACGGCGGGGCAGGAGGAGGAUUCCCUGCAGAUAGAGGAGAAGAUCAAGUGGGGCGAUGGCUUCGCCGUGGUCUACUCGGUGACGGACAGAUGCAGCUUCGACGAGGUGAUGCGGCUCUGCUUCCUCAUCAACCACAUUCACUCCAGCCCCAAGCGCAGCAGCGGGAGCGAGCAGCCCCCCGUGGUCAUCGUGGCCAACAAGAAGGACUUGGAGUUCGACAGGAUGGUGUCCACGGAGGACGGCGAGAACCUCUCCAAAGCCUUGAAGCUUCCUUUCUACGAGAUCUCCACCCGGGACAGCUAUGAAGAGACCGUGGCGGUGUUCAACAGCCUCUACCAGGAGCUCAUGAGACAGGGGCAUUUCUCCCCAGGCUCCUUCAAGAGGAGGACAGUGUCAAAGCUGAUGGAGAAGAUCCCCAAGAUGCAAGCCAGCUCCACCUUGAACUCAGCGGGCCGGAGCCUCAGCUUUAACUCCUUCAGGGACUACAUCCCCGAGUGAGCGUCCCCACCGUGGGGGCGAGUGACAGAGGGACAGGUCAUCCUGCUGCCAGGGCGCCCGCGCAUCAGCCCCAGGGUGGAGGAGCAGCUCCUGGGGCUGUGCUGGCUCCCAGAGGGAAGGCUGAGAGGU